UGGAUCACACUCAGGAAGCCAUGUGGAGCACCGUGACUGUCGUGCUUGUGGCGGUGGUGGUGCUGGCAGCUGCUGCCCCUCAGGAUCUAGAGCAGCUACAACAGCAGGUGGAUCAGCAGGAGGAGCAGAAGGAGCGACGUUCUCCGGAGAUCCUUUACGACCAGCGCGUCCAGCCAGAGAAUGGCGCUUACUUCUUCCACGUGGAGACUGCGGACGGCCUCGUGUACAAGGAGGAGGGCCUGGCGGGCGCCAAUGGCCAGAGCAACGUCCAGGGCGCCUACAGUUACGUGCUGAACGACGACGGGGAGGUGGCGGAGGUGCGCUACACGGCUGACGAAUUCGGUUUUCGGCCAGAAUCAUCGCUGUUCCCAGUGGCUCCAGAGUUCCCUCACCCUGUCCCACAGUUCGUCCUCGACCAGAUCGCCUUCGGUGAGGAACAGCGACGUCUGAAGGCCCUCAGAUUGCAGGAGGUAGAGAAGCAGGAACAGCUGGAGCAGCAGCAGGAACAGUUGGAGCAGAAACAAGUGGUACAACUGCAAGUUCAACAAGAGGUAAAAUUGCAACGGGAGGUGCAACUGCCAGUACUUACGCAGCAGGAGCAACUACAAGAGCAGGAGGUCCAACUGCAAGCUCAACAGCAGCAGGCGGUACAGGAGGAGACUAAACUGCAGGUGCAGGAGCAGCAAGAGAUUCAGCAACAGGUGCAGGGGAAGGAGGAGCCUCAACAGGUAUUACAAGAAGAGAAGUUGUGAGUUUGUGACUGUGGCAGUGACGAACACUGACCUGACGACGACCAGACGGGGACCGUGUUGGGUCACUGGACCUCUACUGGUUGUAAGGUUUUAAUGUGUGGAAGUAAACCGGCUGACUCCUUUGUAUUUUGUAUCAUUACUAAAUAAAAUAACAAGAAAAACAACAAGAAAAUUAUCAUUAAUAAAUAAAUAACUUCAAUGUCAGAUAAUGUACGUGACUCAUGUUUCACAUCUUUGUUACUAAAUCACCAAUAGGAUCACACAAUGUAAUGUUAUAAUUUGUGUUUACUGAGUGUUAUCAUUAAACUAUAUAAUGGAGAGAAAUAUCAUUCUUUCCUUAUCACUCA